AUGGUGGCGAAGGCAUUUUACUGCAUAUGCACGGCGGCCAACUCUGGCGAGCGUCGAUCCAUGCCACCAUUUAUUGUUUAUCACCACGUUUCCAGCACCGCUUCACGAGUGGGUAUGACUCUACAACCCACCCGCCAAGGAAGCACGCUCUCAGCAUUCUCCGAUUCCAGCACGAUUAUUGGAUUCCGUCUUUACCGCUGGCUACCAGACGCCGAGAAUGAGCCGAUUUGCCAAUACGGCGGUAAAGUACACUUCACGCAUUCUGCAAAUUUGAGCCGGUUGUUUGGACCGGUCUCUCGCUCAACCAGUUGCGACGGCGGUGUAUUUGAUGCGAGGUUUGAUUGGGUAGCCGGUGUCGAGAUUCCGGUAAGGCGCAAUAUUCAAACCGGCUGA